UCAUUUUAAGAUACGUUGCAACACACCGGCACUCAUCUAGUCGAUUAAAAGUAGCAAUCAGUGCCAAUGCUAAUAGCUUCUUUUGCACACUAUCAAUUUAGAACCUUUCUACUUACCUAUCAUCUCAACGGGGAAAAAACCAUCGAAUUCUUGGUUCUUGGUACAUUCAUGCCCUAACUCCCAAUGGAAAAGACAGAAUCACCUAAAAAAUUUGAAGAAAACAAAACAAAAGAAUAAACUGAGCCUCUAGUUAAACCCGGCCUCCUCGUCCUAUGUCUCCUUGCUCUGCCCACUCGCAAGCUCACAAGUUGACCAGCAACCAAGAAACCUCUAAGGCCACCUCUCAUCUUCACCUCGCCCUUCCUACCAAGAAACCGAGAUUUCCGUAGUUGGUGAUGCUCUCCGGGUUUGGGUAGCCAUGGCGCUGCCACAGGAGCGGGACUACAUCGGGCUGUCGCCGGCGGCGGCGGCCACGGAGCUGCGCCUGGGGCUGCCGGGCACGGAGGAGGAGGCAGUUGGCAGCAAAGUGGAGGCUGGGGCUCCUCUGACACUGGAGCUGGUGCCUAAGGGCGGGGCGAAGCGCGGGUUCGCGGACGCCAUUGUGGGGAGCCCUGCCGGGCAGCGGCGGGAGGUGGCGGCGCGGGGCAAGGCGGUGGUGGAGGACGAGGAAGAGGAGGAGAAGAAGAAGAAGGAGCAGGCACCGGCGGCAAAGGCACAGGUGGUAGGAUGGCCUCCAAUCCGCAGUUACAGGAAGAACGCCAUGGCGAUGAACCUGCCUGCAGCGAAAAGCAAAGACGAUGAUGGGGUGAAGCAGGCUCCUCCGGCGCAGGGGUGUCUCUACGUCAAGGUUAGCAUGGAUGGCGCGCCAUACCUCAGGAAGGUGGACCUCGAGAUGUACAAGAACUACAAGGAGCUGUCGCUGGCGCUGGAGAAGAUGUUCAGCUGCUUUACCGUCGGACAUAGUGAAUCUAAUGGAAAAUCUGGAAGAGGACUAUCUGAUUGCCGACUGAGGGAUCUUAAAAAUGGGACUGAACUUGUGCUCACUUAUGAGGACAAGGAUGGAGAUUGGAUGCUUGUCGGUGAUGUCCCGUGGCGAAUGUUCACGGACAACUGUAGGAGGCUCAGGAUCAUGAAGGGUUCGGAUGCAGUGGGCCUUGCUCCUAGAGCCAUGGAGAAGAGCAAGAACCGUAACUAGGAAAAGGAUGGACAUGAUGACAUUAUACUUUGUAAGGUCCCAUUCUCAAAAACAAGGUUAAUGGACUUAAUUAAGAUGUAAGGAGGGGAUUACUUAUAUCCAUGUGUGCCUCUUUGUUUUUGUAUUUGGGGUUUGGAUGAAGAUAUGUUAGAUUGCAAGCAUAAGUUGUGUACUUCCCUGUAUGUCUUUCUAUUUGACCGUGUGUCGUAGUUUCUAUUGUAAAUUGUCUUGCUGUAUGAUGCAAACCGUUUUUGGGGUCCUGCUUUGUGCUUGCUAAUGUCCCUGGUGAGUCAGUA